AUGCAAAAUUUAAUUUCAAUCAAGUUAAUUAAUAUAAAAACAGAAUUUGAAGUCAAUUUACUAAAAAAUAAACAACCAAAUAUAGAUAAUUCAAAUAUAAUAGAACAAGUAACUAAUGCAAUUGAAAAAGCUAAAUAUCAUAAAAUGUUGAAAGAAAGAUCAAAUAUAUGA